UUGAGCAAGGGGGUAGAGCAAGUGAUGGAUGGUUCUAGCAUUAUUACUGAAACGACUGGCGUCGACAGAGGUGUGCUUCACACACCUGUAUAGUAUAACGGAUUAAUCAAUUAGUGAGGAUAUCUAUACAAAGGGUCCAGAAAUGAAGUCAUCAAAGGUUCAUUCGUCUUGUGAAAUCAGCGGUUCGGUAAGAACGGUGUCCGUUGCCACUCUGGCAUCUCUAACCAAGGAUGCGGAGCAAGAUGUGAAGAAACCAUCUACUGGAAGUCUGGCAAGUAAAUUUGCAUCAUUCUGGCGUAACAACAAUUUAACAAAUACCGGUAAACGAAUGCAGAUGCUGAAGAUGUUGUCUCUGACCAUCAUCCCAACCGUAGCCUUGGUUGUCAUGUGCAUCAUUGAUGUCACGAACGUUAGUGCACAAACCAUUGCCGGUAAGGAGAUACAUGACAUGGUGCGACUGAGUACAGAAGUGGGUAAACUGAUCCAUUACCUUCAAAGAGAACGAGGUUAUUCAUCUCUACACGUGGUCUCGGACGGUCAAGCUAAAAUUCUCACUCGUGCUCUCUUAUCGGGCAGCUACAAACGAACAUCAGAGGUACUCGAUACAAUGAGCAAAUGGCCCGGGGAAACUAAUACACCAUUUGAAAAAUUUCCUACAAAAAUGGCUCUUGCGAAGUAUCUAGCUGAUCAUCGGAUAACCGUGGAUAAUGAUGGAUCUGCCAUUUCGGGAAUGAGGCGGGAGUUGAGAUUUUACAGCGGUGUUGUCACCGAAUUUAUCAAUUGGUUGUAUAGUUCCAUCCAGUUUUCAAAUUCGGGAAACGACUGGAGGAAGCUUGUGGCCUACCAACUGCUGCUCACCAGCAAAAACGAUAUGGGGAUUGAACGAACACUGGGAAGUAUUUUUUACAUUAAAGGUCACUUCGAGGAAUUUCAGGAUUUCGAGUGGUAUUUUUCAGAAAGAAGUAUGGGAAAGGGGAAUUUUAUAGCAUCCACGCUCUUUUCUCCUGAAGUUGCGGAUAUGUUGCAGACACGAUUAAAAACUGAUAAACAAAAUGUGACAUAUCAUAUCGAACAGAUGAGGCAACAGAUAAGUUUAAAUAAUCAUUCCUUUAUUCAAGGCUCCCUUCAAAUGAGUUUUUGGUGGUUUCAAAAUAUGAGCAACUAUUUAGAUAUACUAUUUGACGUCCAGUUAAGCCUAGCCGACAUCAUUGUAAAUAGUAUCAAUGAAGAUCUCGCAAGUGAUACAAAGAGUAUAUCCAUAAGCGUGUCCAUUUUGUGUUUGGUGGUCGUGAUAUGUCCUGUUAUCAUCCUUAGCGUUAGAACAUUGGUGUCAGAUAUUCAAAAAUACGCCUUCAGUUUAGCCGAUCAGACAAAACAGUUGAGCAAAGAACGACAGAGAACCGAGUCUCUGCUUUAUCAGAUGCUUCCCAGACCAGUAGCGGAUCAACUGAAAAGCAAUAAAUCCGUUGACGCCGAAACAUAUGAGGAAGUGACGAUAUUCUUCUCGGAUAUAGUCGGUUUUACUAGUAUCUCAGCAGCGUGUAGUCCUAUGGAAGUAGUUGGACUCCUCAAUACCCUAUAUCUGUGUUUUGAUACCAGGCUAGAACUGUAUGAUGUUUAUAAAGUGGAGACCAUUGGUGAUGCAUACAUGGUUGCUUCUGGAGUUCCAAACAGAAAUGGGAGACGUCAUGUCAGCGAAGUGGCCACAAUGUCAUUGGACCUUGCUCAUCACGUGACACACUUGGAAAUUCCCCAUCUUCCAGACACAUUACUGAGACUGCGAGCAGGAGUCCACACUGGUCCUGUAGUUGCUGGGGUUGUAGGAAGUAAAAUGCCAAGAUACUGUUUAUUUGGUGAUUCUGUUAAUACCGCUUCCAGAAUGGAAUCUACCGGACAAGCUGAUCGCAUCCAACUUAGUUGGAUAACUCAGGCGAUUCUUCAGCAGAUCGGUGGCUUUAGAACAAUCAAAAGAGGAGUUGUCGAAGUCAAGGGCAAAGGUCACAUGGAAACAUACUGGUUGCUAAAUAAAGACGGGUUUGAAGAUUCCUUGGUCUGUAUGCCAGAUUGUCAUAAAUUAUCCACUGCUGAAUAUCGACGGAUUAGUGAGAUUAAAGCAUAACUUAAUUAACCAGCAAAAAUUUGACCUUCGACCCUUAUAUUGUACCCUAACUUUUUAGGCGUCCUUGAUAUGAAUGUGACCGGUUUCGUAUUAUU